UGAGAGCACCUUCCGUUGUACAAACAGAGGCUUGUUCGCGUCCAUCUUCGCCGUGACGCUAUAGAUCCACCAUCUCCCGCGUGCUCUCCUCUCCCAACAACAAUCAAUCUGUAAUUUCAGUGGGCUGGAGUUCAGCCAAACAUAAGUUGAUUAUGGUGAAGGAUUUGGCUUCUUGAAACUACAUAAAGCAGAACGAAGAAAAUACUCAUUACUAUCGUUUACCAUAGGCAUAUGAGAAUCUGAAUACUGAGAUUUGGGUCCAGAGAGUCAUGUCUAGUAGUAAAGCUGAAGAACCUGUAAAUGAGCAAGCAGUUGCAAAUAAGUUUGCUGCCAUGAGGUCUGAACUCAACCAAAUUUACUCUAAAAUCACUGAGCUAGAGAUGGACGUGAGUGAGCACUCAUUGGUGAUCAAUGCCAUCCAGCCACUCGACCCAUCCAGGCGGUGCUUCCGAAUGAUUGGAGGUGUGCUGGUGGAGAGAACCAUCAAGGAGGUCCUGCCUGCUGUGCAGCGUAACAAAGAAGGGAUUGAGGAGGUUAUUACUCGGCUGAAUGAGGCUUUGGAAAGGAAGAAAAAAGAAAUUUCUGACUUUGAGGCCAAGUACAAGAUCCGGAUAAGAAAGAACGACAGUGAGGAGAAGGAUGAUGGUGCUCGCAAAGAAGGAACUGCUCAAGGAGUCCUGGUCGGCCCUGCUGGUGGAAGCGAAUGAAUGAUAAAGCUCUUCCACCAGACUCAUCUUGUUUUCUGAAACCUGUUAAAUGUAGUGUGCUUUCAAGUGUACUAGGUGUGCUAGGGAUUUGGGGUUUAUGGUCCAGACUAGUAGAAUAUUACAACUCUUGCACUGAAUCAAUGACUUUGUAUUUGUAACCUUUAAUUAUGCGGUUCUUUCUUUUAGGAAGGAUUAAGGAAAAACUAGAACAAUCAUAUCAAAA